UAAACCAUCUCGGUCUUCCUAGUUCUCAUCGCUCCUCCUCCUCCUCUCUCUCUCUCUCUCACCGGCGGAGCACCACACCCCAAAACCCCUUAAUCUCACCUCCCUCUGCUUACUUGUCCCACUUAAUCUCCCUCCACGUGUCCUCCAUGGCCAGGCUCAUCCCCCUGGCCCUGCUUCUCGUCACCUCCCUCCUCAUCAUCCCCUUCUCCUCAGCAGCCGCCCGGCGCCAGCUCGCCGUCCAAAAAAUCGAAAUCGCCUCCGCCGCCUCCGCCGUCAUGUUUCGCCGACGACCUUGACGCCGUCAAGAAACCGCCGUCGUCGGCCGUGUUUCCGAUCUACGGCGACGUGUACCCUCACGGGUUGUAUUAUGUAUCGAUGAGCAUUGGUGAUCCGCCGAAGCCCUAUUUUCUUGAUGUGGAUACUGGGAGCGAUCUGACGUGGCUUCAAUGCGAUGCUCCUUGUGUUAGUUGCUCCAAGGUACCGCAUCCGUUGUAUCGGCCGAGAAAGAACAGUCUGGUACCGUGCAAGGAUCCGCUGUGCGCGGCGCUGCACGCGUCGACGCAUCAGAAUCAGGAGUGCGAGUCCCUGGAUCAGUGCGAUUACGAGAUACAGUACGCCGAUCAGUGGUCGAGCCUCGGCGUUCUUGUAUCGGAUGCGGUCGCUCUUAGGCUUGCCAACACUUCGCUGGUUCAUCCUCAGCUCGCAUUCGGGUGCGGAUACGACCAGCAAGGCGCAGGCGUGAGCGCCCCGUCGCCAACCGACGGUGUUCUCGGGCUCGGAACCGGAGAGGCGAGCAUAAUGUCGCAAUUAAAAGCGCAGGGAGUGAUCAAAAACGUGCUCGGCCAUUGCCUGAGCAGGAGAGGAGGAGGCUAUCUUUUCUUCGGUGACGAUCUCGUCCCUUCCUAUGGUGUAACUUGGGCUCCAAUGUCUCGCAUCACACUCCGGAACUACUACUCACCAGGAAAAGCGAGCUUUUACUUCGACAGGCGGUCUUUGGGUAUCAAAGAACAGCCUGUAGUCUUCGACACUUACUUCACGAAUCAGCCAUAUCAAGCAUUCCUCACGGCGUUGAAGAAUGAUUUACGCAAGAAGCCACUGAAAGAGGCAGUCGAGGACCCCGCGCUUCCAAUCUGCUGGAAGGGAGCCAAGCCGUUCAAGUCUCUACUGGAUGUGAAGAAGUUUUUCAAGAGUUUAGUUCUGAACUUUGUGAACGGGAGGAAAGCGGCUCAGAUGGAGAUACCCCCAGAGAACUAUCUGAUCGUUACGAAACAUGGCAAUGCAUGCUUGGGGAUACUCAACGGAACCCAAGUAGGACUCAAGGAUCUCAACAUAAUCGGAGAUAUCUCGAUGCAGGAUGUAAUGGUGGUCUACGACAACGAGAAGCAACAAAUCGGCUGGGCUCGAGUGAACUGCGACAGGCUUCCAAAUGUCGAUGGCGUCUACGGGUUUGAUGACGGCUACUCUGAGCCUUGGUUUGCCAGCAUCCUUGCUGAAGAAUGCCCUGCGAAUUUCAAUGUCAAAGAACUGUGAUCGUGGGAAGAUAAGAGAAGGGCUUUGUUGAGACUGUUGUGUAGUAGAAAAGGAUGAUUAUGUUUCCAUAUUGGGUGUCUACAAAUACAUACAUUCAUGAAUUAUCAAAAGAAUAAAUAAGAAAAGAGAUCUAACUGUUGUGCUGUUUCGUUUUAA